AUGCAUAUCGUCGUAUUGGGCCUAGUGCUGACUCUGAUGGACCGAGCGAGCGGCGACAGCGGCACAGUGAGGGGGACUCCAGCAAUGUGUACUGAAAAGAUCUCUGACGAAGCCGUAGCGUACAUUACCUCCGAGAAUGGUGGUAAUAUGACGCGUCGUAGUGUUACCAUCACGAAUGGCUCAGCAGCUACCUAUCACGUUAAGUUGAACUCCG